UUUGAAGUUGAACUCAUCAAGUUUAUACCAGAAUGAAGGUAUUCGUCGCCCUUUUCGCCUUGGUGUUGGCAGUCGCUGCUGAACCCUCCUAUCUGCCUACAUCCGUUGUGUCCCAUCAGGUUCCCGUGAGCACCUCAGUUUGGCCACCAUACGGAGUGUAUGGAAAGGGAGCGGCAGUCCUUCCAUCGGUCGUGCUGGACAAGUACUCCGGAUACCCGGCGGUGGCAGGAGCUUAUGGAAACUGGGGAUGGCCAUCGGUUUACGGAAACCAGUGGGGUUAUUCUGCUCCAGUUUUGACCACCGGAACCGCCAAGAUUGUCAACAAUGGCCUCUGGAACAACUAUGCUUACGGAGGAUAUGGCUACGGAAAUGGCCUGGCCUACAAGAACAACUACUUGUGGUGAAUGUUGAAACUGAGAA